CCUCUCUGCUGCCUCACUCAUUCUCUGAGCAGCACACUGAACUGGAUAACGUCUCCUUCAACCUGCAGCACAGACUCAUUUCUCUACACACCAGCUCUGAGUGGAUGCUCAGCAGGGGUGUCUGAGAUAUUAGCGCGCUGUGGGAGGACGGCUCAGGGACUUCUACCAUCCACACACUAAAGAGCCGGCAGUUCGGAGGAAUAUGGGCAAAUCCGAAAGCCAAAUGGAUAUCAUGGAGAAAUCAAGUAAACCUGGAAAGCGUCGCUGGACUGUUGCAGAAAUCGGUCUGUCCGUGCUGCUGCUGUUGGUCAGCUGUGCCUUGGCCGGGCUGGUGGUCCUCUACACAUCGGCUGUGAAAGAACAAUCAAACAGGACAAGCGUGUCGAGGAGCUCAACAAGUGAAGGCCAGCUGUUUCGCUCCAGCCUCAACAAUGUGUGCACAACUGCAGACUGUGUUACAGCAGCUGCUCGGCUCUUGCAGAACAUGGAUAAGUCGGUGAAGCCUUGUGAUAAUUUCUACCAGUACGCCUGCGGGGGAUGGCUGGAGAGACAUGUCAUCCCAGAGACCAGCUCCCGCCACAGCGUCUUUGACAUUCUGAGGGACAAGCUGGAGAUUGUCCUCAAAGGUGUUCUUGAAACAUCAAGCGCACAGGAUAGGGAUGCCAUCAAAAAGGCCAAGAUCCUUUACAGCUCCUGCAUGAAUGACAGCCUCAUAGAGCAGCGUGACUCGCAGCCCCUUCUGAUGCUCAUAGAAAGUAUUGGAGACUGGCCCGUGGCCUCAGAGGACUGGGACACCACGGCAGAGGAAACGUGGAGCCUUGAAGACACGCUUGCAACACUCACUGCCCGUUUCCACAAGAAGGUCAUGCUGGACAUGUAUGUGUGGACGGACGACCGGGACUCGCUGCGUCACAUCAUUUAUAUCGACCAGCCAGGACUUGGAAUGCCGUCCAGAGACUACUACUUCAAUGAUGGAAACUACAAAAAGGUUCGAGAGGCCUACCUACACUUCAUGGUUUCUAUUGCGAAGAUAACCCGAGAGGACAGGAACUUGACUCAGGAUGACGACCGAGUGUGGGAGGAAAUGAUGCAAGUGCUGGAGCUGGAGACAGACAUCGCCAACGCGACAUCACCAGCAGAAGAGCGCCAAGAUGUCACCGUUCUUUACAACAAGAUGACACUCGGUGAACUGCAGAGCACAUUCAGCCUUAACGGUUUCAACUGGACACGAUUUAUUCAAGGCGUGCUGUCGAGUGUGUCCAUCGAUGUCCAGGUGGAGGAGGAGGUGGUUGUGUACAGCUCUCCCUACCUGGAGAAGAUGAAUGACGUUCUCGCCAGACACAGUGUCAGAACUAUGCAGAACUACCUCACCUGGCAGCUCAUCAUCGACAGAGUUAACAGCUUGAGUCGCCGCUUUAAAGACGCAAGAGCCCGCUACAGAAAGACUCUCUAUGGAACCACAGUGGAGGACGCUUGGUGGCGGGAAUGUGUCCGCUACGUCCAGAGCAGCAUGGAGAAUGCGGUUGGAGCUUUGUAUGUGCGUGAGACGUUUGCAGGAGAAAGUAAACGAAUGGUCAGUGACCUCAUCACUAAGAUCCAGCAAGCGUACGUAGAAACACUGGAGGAGUUGAGCUGGAUGGACACUCCCUCAAAGGAGAAGGCGAGAGAAAAGGCCAUGGCAAUCAAGGAGCACAUUGGCUAUCCAGAUCAUAUUCUACAACACAGCAACCAGAAGCUUGACCAGGAGUACGCUCAUCUAAAUUUCAGUGAAGAACACUACUUUGAGAAUAUCCUUGAGAACCUCAAGUCUGAAGCUCAUAAGAGUCUGAAGAAACUCAGAGAGCCUGUUGAUCCUGACUUGUGGAUCAUCGGUGCUGCUGUGGUGAAUGCAUUCUACUCGCCCAACAGAAACCAGAUAGUGUUUCCUGCAGGAAUCCUACAGCCGCCGUUCUUCAGCAAACAUCAGCACCAGGCGCUCAACUUUGGAGGAAUAGGAAUGGUCAUUGGACAUGAGAUCACACAUGGGUUUGAUGACAAUGGACGUAAUUUUGACAAGGACGGUAAUAUGCUAAACUGGUGGAGUAAUUACUCUGCGGAGCACUUUAAAGAGCAGUCACAGUGCAUGGUGCAACAAUAUGGCAACUUCAACUGGAAGCUAGCGGGAGGACAAAACGUUAGUGGAAUCAGCACUUUGGGCGAGAACAUUGCAGACAAUGGAGGUGUUCGCCAAGCAUAUAAGGCUUAUCUAAAGUGGGUGGAGAUGGAGGGUGAGGAGCCUCGUCUGCCCGGUCUAGACAUGGAUCACAAGCAACUCUUCUUUCUGAACUUUGCCCAAGUGUGGUGUGGUGCUUAUCGGCCUGAGUAUGCCAGCCAGUCCAUCAAGACUGACUCCCACAGUCCUUUAGAAUACAGGGUGCUUGGAUCGCUGCAGAAUUUUGAGGCUUUCUCAGAAGCUUUUCAGUGCCAAAAAGGCAGUCCAAUGAACCCUGAGCUGAAGUGCCGUGUCUGGUAGAACUCCUGAGAUAUUUAUUUUUCUUGACAUGGGCAACUCAAAUCAAAAGAACAAGCUGUACUUUUUAAGCCCACAGAGACAUCCCGCUUAUGACUUAUUCCAAUUUGUUUGGGGCCGAGUGAUGACACAGACAUUUGCAUAAGCAGGCCUGUAGAUGUAGAUGUAUUUGAAAUGGAUGAGAUCCUGGACUUCACUCUAGUUUCAAGACUUGAAUUCUUGAGUACAUUUUCAAGUGUGAAGCGUUGUCUCUGGAUGAGGAGGUCAUUUGUUCCUUUUUUUGCUGUGUCCCACGACUGACGAUGAUGGUACAUGAAUGAAAAGGCUUGUGAGGAGGUUAAAGCUUCUACGGCUGGCUUUAAAUGCUUUCCCAGCCAUUCUUGAACUAAUUCAUUUCAAAAAAAUCUCUUCCGCAGAUCUUUGUGAUUUAUCCAUUAACAUUCGGCACUGAGCUGCCUUGGUGUCUUUCGUCUGAUGUUCCUGUUUUAAAUACAUUGUGCCACUUCAAAAGGAAUAAUAGUGAACAAAUCUCAGACUGAAGAGUUUGAAGUAAAUGAAAGCUCGGGGCUUUGCUGAAGUAAAGCUACAAUAGAAUUAGUCACGCUCGGAAGAUCUGGUCAUUCACUGUUACGAGAAAACAAAUUACUUAAAGACUUUAAGACUGUUAAAUCUGUGCAGCUUUAACCUUAAAUUAGCAUUGGCAGAGAGCUGCUGCUUUCAGCAUUUUUACAUUUAAAGAGUGGAUAAAUAUUCCAAAUUGACAAAGCUGUGCCGUACUUCUUUAAGUUUCUUUGUUACUCACUACAGAAACGUAUAUGUAUGUCAUCGAGUUUGCUGUAAGAAAAACCAUAAUCCAGAUGUUUUAGAGAAUUUUUGGUGGUCUGCUACUUUUCAGCUAGUAAGAAAAACCCAGCACUUGUUGGAGGUAGAGUGAUGUGAUAUUGAUAUGAACUGCAAUAUUGGUUUACUCCCAGUUUUGACUGCUCCCUCUCUAACUCUGUUCCUCACACACCACCUUUACCAUUAUUUUGAAGGCUCCCAAGUGUUCGUAAUGGGCCGAGCUAUUAAAACUCCUAACACGUGCCAUUUGUCAGGUUACAAAAACCUACAUUUAUUUUAAAAAAUACUGUCUACUUGUAUGAUAUCUGUAAGUUCACAUUUAACCCCAACCAGUGCUUGGUCUGUACAACAACUGUGCUUUUCUUCCCUACACGACCUCCUGAGAGGAAACUUUUAGCCUCUGGGUGCAGGCAAUUACAUGCUAAGGGGAAGGGAGAAGAAAACCCCUCAGAUGCAUUCGCACAUGGGCAGGCAGCAGAUGAAGUGGUUUGCCUUCUGAUCUUGCAUUGAUCAGUGUCAUGUAAGAUGAAAGGACGGAGAGCUGUGUGCUGAAGCGUGGUGACUGACCGUAGCUGAUCCCCAAACCCCCGCAGGCAAACACAAUGAAGAAUGGGGCUUGUCAUUAACGAGAUGGCCAGGGCCAGGACUGUUAUUUUCUACCUUUAUUAACAAGUAAUGACAGGAGAAUCAAAGAGCAGACCUCAUAAGCAAGGACGGACACACCGGCUGCAGAAAGGAGCCGUUUUGUUUUUUUGUUGGUUUUUUUUGUGCGAAAGAGAAACGCAGCAGGAUAAGCAACAACACACAGCCGGUUUUGAAUGUUUGCUAUCAUUGGUCACAUUUAGGGAUGCCUUGGUAAACUGAACACGACUGUUAGGUCUCAACAGAGGCUGCUUGAAUUGAAUGUGCAUAUUUAAGCUUUAUACUCUCAGUCUGUCUCUUAGUCUUCGCAUACUGGCAAAUACUGUUGUGUUAAGCAGGGGGAGAGGACGUGUUGGGGGAAAGACUGUUUUGCUCCGAAUGUAAGUGCUGAUAUUGUGCUGCCACCUUAAAGCAAAUGUUUUGGAAACUCGCUUGCUUUUUGGCAGAGAAAGACAUAAUUAGAGUUAGGAGAGUUUUCAUAUCUGCCCUCUAAAUAAUUAAAAGGAAACAGCUACCCCAGGUCUGACUAUUGGGUAUAAAAUCCCCCUUCCUGCACCUUUGAAGUUCACUAAACACAACCCUGUUCCUGGAAAGUACAUUUACAUACUAUUAAACUGUUUUCCAGAAUAUAUGGUGGAGACAAGAUGGAUUAUGUGCAGAAGCAAAGUUUUUUGUGGAAUGAAGUUCUUUAUUUGUGUAUCAAAGUCCCUGAAAGCUGGUCAGGAUGGAUGCUCAGGCAGACAAAGUGCAGGACCGUGACGCCAGUGAUUAUAGUUAUACAAUGAGAGACUGUGGUGUUGGCUAAAUAGAAGUUUCUUAAUUCCAGACUUAAAACAGGCCUCGAGUUGUGACAGCUCAGUAACAAACCAGAUUCAAAUGCAAGACUUAAAGAUACUUCGACAAAUAUUUCAUACAAAAGCAAAUGGGAAUAAUGAGACGUUAGCAAGCAGGUAGGGAAUCGAAAACAGGUAGACGCAAAAAUAAGCGGAGAAGCAGCAAAUGAUGCUGCAUGUAAGACAAUCCGGCUAAUGAGGAAGGACAAAACAGGAUCGGGUGACUAAGAACUCAGGAAAGGCUGAAGUUAUCACAAGGCCGAUCUAAACUGGCAGAAGUGUUGAUGAUUCAAUUCAUUAAUGAAUGAAUGGUGACAGAUUGUUACCCUUCAUUCCACUCCUCUCCAAUGACACAGUGUAAGAGAUGAAUCCUCUCGGGUUCUUCAUGGACGUCUGGUUUGGUGUUUUCAGAGCCAGAGCUGCAGAAGAGGCUGAAGUUCGGACAAAAGACUCCUGGCUGGAGUUCAGGAGUUUUGGCAGAGCAGAUGCACUCCUCUGCUUAGUCUAAACCACAAAUGGACAGUCAGUGUCUCCAACUUGAGAAGUAUCCGUUCACAGCUGCCAGUGUCAUAGUUUAUUUCUGUAGGAGAAAACUUGCAAAAGAAGAGGGCACAGGGAUGAAGCUUCCAGUUGUGAAUAAAGACCAAACCCACUCCCACAUCUGAAGCAGUUGGGGUCAGUAAUGGGUGAAGAUGACAGCAGAGGUGAAUCAACACUUUGUUUCCUGGAAAGCCUCGUCUGCCUGCAGGGCCAAAAGUUGCCGAAUGCCUGCUGCGUACAGGAGGCUAGAGAAAGGGAGCGUAUGAGUAGACUGGAGGACGAGUAGACUAUCUCCAACCUAGUGCAGAAAUUUUCAAGCACGUAUUCGGUCUACAAGUUAACACAGAUUUGAUUGCAAGGUUGUAUAGAAUCAGGAAUUUCACAGUGGAUUUGAUCCAAGAGCAGCAGUGAGUCUCAUGCUGUUAGACUCCUACUUAACUAAAAGCUGAAUUUAACAAUGAGCAGCAUUCUGUGUCUCUGCUUGCUGGCAGACUAGCUGUGUUUCCCUGUUUCCAGCCUUAAACUAUAAGAGUAGAAUCAAUGUUCCAUUAACGUCCUGCCAGAAAGCAAAGAAUUUCCCAACAUGUCAAACUGUUCGUUUGAACAAAAAGGCCAAUUUGUCUCGUCAUGUUCAACAAAAUGCUGGAGGCUAAAUCAUAAGCUAUGAUUCAACAUUGGGCUGCCAUUAGAAGAGCAACAGCUGAGAAACUUGUAUAUUUUGUCUGGUUUCCCCCCAAAAAGAGCACAACAGUUCAAAGCUGUUAACACCAAGGGUAUAUACAAUACGACGUGCUUUUGUAGAUUCUUGAUGUCCUACACUGCAGAAAAUCUGUUAAAAAAAUCAGGUAAGAAAAUACAAUGUGUGUUUCUUACCUUAGUUUUAGCUUCACAUUUACUUAAAUUGUGAAACUGUGUCGUUUUGAAAUCACCAGCCAAGUACAAAUACUUUUUUUUGCUAUAUUUGAACAUGUUUCAUCUGUACACUUAUCAGAGGAGUUUAUUUAUCUAAAUUAAUAUUUAUGAAAUAACGUCGUCGCUUCGCAAGAAUUCAGAUGUUUUAUGAAUGUUCCUGCUGCUAUGUAAUUAUCUAGACUGCUAUUUUUGUGACUCAGAUCUGUAAUUAUUGCCAUUAAAGUGACUGUCUCAGCCA